AUGUGUAUUGUAUAUUGCUUGGCUUUCUAUGAUAAUGAUCUUGAAACAACAGAGAAGGAUACUAAUUUUCAAAAACGAAAUAAUCAAACAAAUUUUAAUCGAUUUCAGAUUAUGGAACAACCAAAUCCAAAUGGAAAAGUCUCCGUGACCGCUUUGUUCGCUUUCAAGGCCCAGAAUACGGAUGAGUUAUCUUUCUCAAAAAACGACGUGAUCGUUUUGACACAAACACCACUUGAAGGUGGUUGGUGGGAAGGCACCUUAGAUGGAAAGACCGGCUGGUUUCCAUCCAAUUAUGUCGAACAUACUGUGAAGAAAACAGAUUCGACACCGUCGACACAAAGCACAUCUUCGCAACAAUGUGUUGAAAUGCAACAGCAUCGUGAAACAAUUUUGGAAUCGUUACUUGAAAGUGAACAACAUUAUAUCUAUGAAUUGGAAAAUUUCACGACCAAAGUCAUCCAGCCGUUGAUUUCAUCUCUUCCAUCAUGGAAUCAAUCAGUUGUUCAACUCGACGGUCAUUGUUUUGACGAAGUGGUGAAAUUCCAUCAUCAUUUUUCUCAUCUCCUACGCGAUUCAAUGAAAACUCAACACCGUAUCGGUGGAAUUUUUCUUCAGUUGGCUCCCAUGUUGAAGCCGAUUUUUGAAAACUAUUGCUAUCAACAUGCGAAAGUCUUGUUUUUACUCAAUCAUAACAAAGAUCAAAUUCUAAAUGUUUUGUCGAAAGUGGAUCCGUAUUAUGGUACAAAUAACGAUAGUUAUUCUCAAUUGAUCAAGAAUCUCUCGUUACCAGUUCAUCGUUUGGAAAAAUAUGCGGCUUUUCUAAAAGAAUAUUUAUACAACCUUGCUGAAUUUCAUAUGGAUCGUGGUGAUGCUCAACGAGCUGCUGAAUAUUAUGCAGAACUAGCCACGUCGGCUGCUGAAUGGCGUAAACGUAAAGAGUGGGAACUUGAUAUAGUUCAUAGUCCUAUUCAUGGUCUUGGUUCUGAUAGUUUAGCAUCUUUUGGCGAUGCUUUGUGUCUUAGUCCAGUGAACGUUCUCAUCGAUAAUAAUAUUACUCAAAUAACAUUCGAACGAAUUGCAAUUCUCUAUCCAACGGCUCUCAUUCUCUUAUCGACUUUAUCAAAUCAACAAGAAUAUCAAAUUGAAAAUCGCUUCCAAAUCAAUCAAAUAACGAUUAGUAAAAUCGUUGAUAUCAGUAAACGUGCUUUAAAAAUCAAUGUUCCCGUGAACCAAUCAUUGAUUAUUUCAUUUGCGAGCAACACGGAGUAUCAUGAUUGGUGCGAGAAAUUCUACACGUUAUUAACAUCGAAAUCGAACACAUCUCAGCAAAUGUUGAAGGCACCCUCGCCAUUGACGGGAACGAAAUCUGCGCCGAUGAACACAGGCAAUGGACCUUCGAAAUUUCCAACUAAAAUGCCGAUCUGGUCAAAAGGAUGCCUACGACCACAUUCGCCUCUACGACCGAAUUCUUCAACAGUGAAUGGAAGCCAUUCACCAAUGCCAUCCUCUAGCGUAGGUACGAGCGAUGGUGCAUCGACGAAUGCAAAUGAAGGCGGAUCGAACCGCACAUUGAAACGAUUCAUGACGAUGAAAAAGCCAAAGACAAAUGAUUUUCUCAAACGAGUGGAAACAAGCGGAGACGAUGCAUUAUUACUCUCAGUUAUCGAAGCCUACUGUGUUACAUCAACCCCUAAUACGACCAAAACAGCAGUUACUAAUUUGAAUGUUCUUCUACCGAAAACAAGACAUUCAGUUCAAGGUAUCGUUGAAUAUGCGAAUCUUCCCAGUUCAUCUCCGAAAAGCGCUGAUAACGAACGACAAACAAUGUAUGACAUGUUGAGUGAACUUCGCUUAGCUUACAAAUCACUUCAGCAAGAACUUGACGAAGAAAAACGAGCACGGAAACAAUUAGAAAGUCAGAUACAAAAGCUCCACGCAGUCUCCUCCGCAAAAUAG